AUGUCAACUAAACGUUGGCUAUACUAUGACCAGGCGCCAUUUUAUUCUAAAGGCCGUGGUAAAUCUAAUAUGUUAUCAGACUUUUUGGUCAUGCAUUCAUCAGGUCUAUUUUUUCAACUAAUUCCAGUUGAAUAUGAUAAAGCAUUAGAAAAAUAUCCAGAAUUAGAUGAAGAACAAGAUAUUGAUUAUAUAGAACGUUCUGCUAGUGCAUCUAUGCAUGUUAGUUCUGAUGCUUAUUUCGAUAAUUUAACAAUAUUAACACAAUUCGAGUGA